AUGGCAAAAUGUCACAGACCUUUUUCUGAUCAACUUCUGUUUCUUCAUCAGAUUAACAAAAUAAUGCUAAUCUGCUUCUUGUUUCUAACACAGUGUUUAACUCCAACAUCAGCAAGAACAAUAGUCGAAGCACAGACACUCGUUAGAUGGAAAAACUCCUUGUCUCAUCCUGAUUAUCUCUCAUCAUGGAGACUUUCUGAUGCUGAUAAUGUUUGCAACUGGACUGGUAUUGUUUGUGACAACCUUAAUUAUGUCACAAACAUCAACCUGAGCAGUCGAAGCCUCAGUGGCAGGCUUACCAGUUUUGAUUUCAGUGCAUUUCCUAAUCUGACAAGCUUGAUUCUUGAUACCAACCAUCUGAAUGGUCAAAUUUCACCAAGCAUUGGUAAUCUCUCUAAACUCAUCCACUUAGACCUCAGCAAUAACUUGUUUAAUGGGUUAGUUCCUCAUCAAAUUGGCCACUUAUUCAAGCUUGAGUUUCUUAAUCUGUUAAAUAACAACAAGCUCACCAGUCCCGAGUGGCCUAUGUUUGCCUCGAUAACAUCGUUGGUACACUUGACUUUAGGAUACAAUGAUUUUCAGGGAGAGUUCCCAAGCUUCAUUUUAAGGUGCAGAAACUUGACUUACCUUGAUUUGUCAAAUAACAAUUUCAGUGGGAUGAUCCCAGAGUCCUUUUUUACCAACCUUCCUAAGCUUCAGUACCUUGAUCUUAGUUAUAAUUCGUUUAGGGGGCAGAUCUCUCGUGAAAUUUCUAAGCUUUCCAAUCUCAAUAGGAUUGAUCUCAGUCAUAAUGGAUUGAAUUCUUCGAUCCCUUAUGAGCUCGGGUUGUGUACUAAGCUUACUUAUCUGUCUCUUGCUGCAAAUACAAUUUUUGGGAAGUUACCUUUGACAUUGUCAAAUAUUAAGAACUUAUCAGAACUUGAGUUAUCUCAAAAUCAGCUGUCUGGGAAUCUCUCCCCUUAUUUCUUCACCAAUUGGACUAGAUUGACUUUCUUGUCACUUCAGUCCAAUAAGUUGAGUGGGAAUAUACCCCAAGAGAUUGAUAAUAUGAAAGCACUGGAAAUGCUAGACCUUUCAACUAACCAAUUUUCAGGUCCAAUCCCUCCAACUAUUGGGAAUCUUAGCAACCUUUUUGUCCUAAACCUUUCUUCAAAUAAACUCAAAGGAAAAAUACCACCGGAGAUUGGAGAUCUCACCAGGUUGACUGAUCUUGUUCUGUAUGCCAAUCAGCUCCAUGGGAAGUUUCCUGAUGCCUUGUUUCACCUUAGGAACCUAUCUAAAUUCUUUGUCUUCUCUAACAAACUUACCGGUGAAAUUCCAGCUGAACUUGGGAAGUUGCAGAACUUACUGGUUGUAAAUCUUGCCUCAAAUGAAUUAAGUGGGACAAUUCCUGAUGAACUGGGGCAUUUGAGAUUCCUUCAAAAACUUGACCUGAGCAAUAAUCACUUUGUAGGGCAAAAUCCCUGGAGUUCUUGGAAAUUGCAAUCAAUUAUUGAGCUUGAACUUGAGUCACAAUGCCUUAUCAGGCAAGGUACCCUCACAACUCAGGAAUUUGCAAGGGAUUCAGUUACUGUUAGACCUCAGUAG